AUGUCUAAGUCUGCUCACGUCGUUGAUGGCGAAGCUUCAGAGUCCGAGUCAGAAAUAGAAUUGGGUAGGUCACCUGACUCCAACACAUCUGUUGGAAAAGCCUUCGUGAUCACAGGUGAAGCACCGGAGUCAGAUGAUGAGUCCAAACUGCAGCCUGCAGCCAGCCAAGAUCAAAUUGACUCGCCCCUCAACGUCUCCAUGUCCCCACAAAACUCCCCCACAAGGGUUAUGUACCAUUCCCUUUUGCACCAGAAGUUGUGGGAAUGCAAUGUUUCGUUGCGGGCAACACUAGAGGGCUUAUUAAAGCACACUACUGACAUAUCCGUUGAAAAACUCACCAGCGCUGACAAGACAUUACUCUCCGUACAGGAGAGCAUGCGUUCAACUAACGCCAACCUGACGCUGGCCAGGGCCAGACUGAAGCAACUCCAAGCGGAACUGGACAAGGCCAACUGCAGCACGGCGCUGCCAACUGUCAAAGUCAAA